AUGGAAAGAGGAAGAAGUACCAGCAGUUCUGAAAACUUAUUGGACGACUUUGAAGAUGAUUAUGUGGUGAAAUCAAUUGGUGCAUUUGGUGUGUGGCAAGCUACAGUAUGUGUUAUAGCAGCUUUAGUAAGAUCAGCUGCAAUAUGGAACAUGCUAUCAAUCAUAUUCCUGACUCCAGCUACACAAUUCGUCUGUGUCAAAUUUGAAGAUAAUGCAACAGUGUUAGCUCAAAACUCAACGUGCUAUAAUAACUGUGUGGAAUAUAUGUAUUAUGAAGAGGUAUUAGAAAGGACUUUGAUAUCAGAAUUUGGACUGAUUUGUGAUGGUGCUUGGAAAGCUAGUUUUACGCAAUCGAUGUUGAUGUUUGGAUUUUUAAUAGGAGUGUCUCUGUUUGGUUGGAUUUCUGACAGGUUUGGCCGCCGCAUCGGUUUGAUAAUAUCUUGUACUUUGAACAUCACAUUCAUGCUAGCUGUCCCAUUUUCUCAAAGCUACUGGAUAUUUAAUACCUUGAGACUGUUUAUAGGAAUGGCCUCUGGUGGCACCAUGAUAAUCUCUUUAGUGUUUAUCAUAGAAAUAGUUGGGCCACAACACAGGGAGGCUGCUGGAAGUUUAGCUAUCCUACCUGAUGGAUUAGCCCAAGGAUUGUUAUCAGUAUUUGCUUACUACUCAGUGGAUUGGAGAAUGUUUCUUAUGGAGUAUGCUAUAGCAUCUGUUGUAAUUUACAUGUUUAUUGUUUUCUUACCUGAGUCACCGAGAUGGUUGAUGUCUAAAGAUUCCAACAUGUCCCUUAGCAAUGAUGAUGAACAAAACAUUUGGACGCAGAGCAUCAACGGUUGCUACUCUAACUGUCAUUGGUAUUACAAUGACUAUCCUCAUGUUUGUGCCACCAGGACAUACUGGCUGCACGAUCCUAGGCAUCAUAGGCUUUGCAGCAACCUGCACUACAUUCGGAGUCCUUUGUGUCUACAUUUCUGA